AUGGCGGCGGAGCUGCAUCCCCGGAGCGGAAAGCUGGUCGGCCUGUCCAACUCUAACCGCACCGCCCGGCGAAACCAUUCGGUCCAGGAGUUCAACCACGGCCUGGUACUCAGCAAGGAGCCGCUGAGGGACAGGGACGUCUUCACUGUCCGUAUUGACAAGAAGGUGAACUCCUGGAGCGGUUCCAUCGAGAUCGGGGUGACCACGCUGGACCCCGCCCUGUUGAACUUCCCCAGCAGCGCCACGGGCCUGAAGGGCGGCUCCUGGAUCGUGUCGGGCUGCUCCGUCUUGCGAGACGGCCGCUCGGUGCUGGAGGAGUACGGUCGCGACCUGGACCAGUUGGCCGAAGGCGACCGAGUGGGCAUUCAGCGCAGCUCCCGUGGAGAGCUCCACCUAUGGGUUAACGGCCAGGACUGCGGCGCGGCCGCCAGCGGCUUGCCCCCCAGACUGUGGGCUGUGGUGGACUUGUACGGCAAGUGCACGCAGGUGACGGUGGUGAGCUGCGAGCCCCCGCUCCCCUCUGCCGAACGAGAGAACGUCAUUCCUGUCGAAGAAGAGGAGGAUGCGGUGGUCUGCGGGGCGCCGGAGGAUGCGGGCAUCGCAGCACUGAUGAAUGUGGCGGCAAUGAAUGGAGUCAUGAUUGGAGACGAAGUGCCUGAGCUUAGUUGCGGUCACAGCAGACCAGACAAGUUCCCCAACAAUCUGGAGCCAGACGCAGUUCUAACAGAGCACCAGCUCUUUGACGUGUUCAACAACGCGAUAGUGUCUUUUUACCGAGCAGAAGAUGAGGGUGGAGGGGAAGAAGGUGGCGGAGGAGGCACGGGAGGAAGCGGCGCCACAGGAAGCGGCGGCGAUUCCUCGUCCAGAAAUGACACAAAAAGCAGCGGAGGAGGAGGAGCGGCCAACUCCGACAACGGGUUGGGAGCGGGGGACGGCGGGAACACCAACAGCAGCCCCGCGGGCACCGGAGGCGGAUCGGGAGGGGGCUCGUCCGGGUCGGGCAACUUGACCACCAAUGACGCCUUGCUGUUCCAUGAGAAGUGCGGCAUGUUGAUCAAACUGAGCAAUAACAACAAAACGGCGGAGAGGAGGCGACCGUUGGACGAGUUUAACAACGGCGUGGUCAUGACCAACCGGCCGCUACGACACAACGAGAUGUUUGAGAUCCGCAUAGAUAAGCUGGUGGACAAGUGGUCCGGUUCCAUCGAGAUCGGCGUGACCACGCACAUCCCGAACAUCCUAGACUACCCGGCAACCAUGACAAAUCUGCGUUCAGGUACAAUCAUGAUGAGUGGCUGUGGUAUUCUGACCAAUGGGAAAGGCACCAGACGGGAGUACUGUGAGUUUAGCCUGGAUGAACUACAGGAAGGAGACCACAUAGGACUGAUGCGCAAAGCUAGCGGUGCACUUCAUUUCUACAUCAACGGUAUCGACCAAGGCGUGGCGGCAGCACAAACCCCGGGCGUGGUGUACGGCGUAGUUGAUCUGUACGGCAUGGCGGUAAAGGUCACCAUUGUCCACAACCACAAUCACAGCGAGCGCCUCCGCCGCAACAACGCCAUCAUGAGGGCCAUGUCGCCCGAUGUCGGGAGGCCGCGACCCACUUUAACCCCGGACGCAGACGCGGCCGAGCGGCUGCUCUUCCACGCCAACUGCGGUCAGAAAGCCGCUAUCAUCGGCCACGGCAGAACGGCGCUGAGGCCACACGCCACGGAUGACUUCAACCACGGCGUGGUCCUCAGCAGCAGACCGCUGCGUUCUAAUGAAGUGUUCCAGGUUCGCAUUGACAAGAUGGUGGACAAAUGGGCGGGCUCCAUCGAAAUCGGCGUCACUACACAUAACCCCGCCUACCUGCAGCUGCCUUCCACCAUGACCAACUUGCGCUCAGGGACAUGGAUGAUGACAGGAAAUGGUGUGAUGCACAACGGAACCACAAUUCUGGAUGAAUAUGGACACAACUUGGACCGCCUCAAAGCAGGCGACACCGUCGGCGUGGUGCGCAAAGAAGACGGCAGCCUCCAUUUCUUUGUGAACGGCGUGGCUCAGGGCCCCGCGGCUUGGAACGUACCCCCCAACGUCUAUGCUGUGGUGGACCUCUACGGCCAGGCGGCUCAGGCCACCAUCAUGGAUGACAUGGUGGACCUCCCCCCACUCCCGGAGGACAGCUCAGAGGGACCCACGGCGUUGUCCCCGGGGAGCCCCAGCUCUGUUUCGGGAGCCGGCGCUACCAACGACUUGCGUUUCCACCACCUGCACGGCACCAACGCCGCCAUCAUCAACGGGGGGCGGACCGCACUGCGGCAGAACUGCCGUUGCGAGUUCAAUGACGCUAUCGUCAUUUCCAAUAGGUCCCUUCGAGAUGGAGAACUCUUCGAAAUCGUCAUUGAGAUGAUGGUGGAUCGCUGGUCGGGGUCAAUCGAAGCAGGGGUGACCGCAAUCAGGCCAGAGGAGCUCGAGUUUCCCAACACGAUGACAGACAUUGACUACGACACGUGGAUGCUCAGCGGCACGGCGAUCAUGCAGGACGGUAACACCAUGCGCAACAACUACGGCUGUGACCUAGACUCGCUGACGUCAGGCUCGCGCAUCGGCAUGAUGCGCUCGGCCGUCGGUGACCUUCAUUAUUACAUCAACGGGGUGGACCAGGGUGUUGCCUGCUCCGGUCUGCCACCGGAAGUGUUUGCUGUCAUUGAUCUGUAUGGUCAGUGUGUUCGGGUGACCAUCACCAGCUCCUCUGGCCCACUGGACAAUAGUUUGUGCACCAGUAACGUCACAGAAAAGAGCUUCCCUAUCCACUCUCCAGUUGCAGGAGUUGCCCACCGUCUCCAUGGCAAACACGGUAAAAAUGUUGUUCUGCUGGGCGAAGGGUGUCAGGCCGUCCGAGAGGAGGGUUAUGGUCACGGCAUCGUUUUCAGCGCCAAGGAACUCAAAGUGGAUGAGCUGUUUGAGGUUAGGAUCGAUGGGGCGGACGAUCAUUGGUGCGGCUCGCUGCACGUAGGCCUGACCACGUUACCGCCCCCCGAGCUGCCGUCGUGCCCGCUCUCCGGCUUCUCGCCCUCCCUCCCGCAGCUCCGCACCAAAGUCACCUGGCUUCUCUGUGGCUCUGAGGUCCGACGGAACGGAGUCCUGCAGCGGCAGAACUACGGGUGCUCAUUGGACAGGCUGACGGUUGGUAACCGGGUGGGUGUGAAGAGGUGCAGCGAUGACACCAUGCACAUCUUCAUCGACGGCGAGGACAUGGGACCUGCGGCCACAGCGGUAGCCAAGAACGUGUACGCGGUCUUGGACCUGUACGGGCAGAUUACGGCAGUGUCUAUCGUCAGCUCCUCUCUGACCGAUGACGUCGAGGGCGUCAAGGCACCUUCGCUCUCCUCAGGAAGCUGCAGUGAAGGAGAGGAAGACAGCACGCCUAUCAGAGAGACUGCAACUGAGCCGUGUGCACUGGUUCCCACCGCCAUGUCUUUCCUGGAAAACCACGGGAAGAACAUCCAGCUGUCAAACCAGAAGCUGACAGCGGCCAGAGUGUCGAGCUACAACCAGGGCCUGCUGGUCACCGCUCAGCCGCUGAGCCAGCAGCAGCUCUUCCAGUUUCAGAUCGACCGCCUCAAUCCAUCAUGGACGUCGUCGCUGUCGCUAGGGGUGAUCGGACACUCCCCGGACCGGCUCAACUUCCCUUCCACGGCGUGCUGCCUGAAACGUUCCGCCUGGCUGCUGCAGAGGGACUCCAUCUUUCACAACUCGCUGAAAAUAUGCGAGAACUACGGUCCCAAUUUGGACACAUGUCCUGAGGGGACAGUGUUGGGUCUGCUGGUGGACGCCAACAGUUGUCUCCACCUAUAUGUCAAUGGUAUGGACCAGGGGGUGGCAGCGCAGGACAUUCCCUCCCCCUGUUACCCUUUCAUUGACUUGUAUGGCCAAUGUGAGCAGGUUACGAUAGUAACAAAUAACGUGCAAGCUGUGGGAGGAGAAGGUGGCGACGCCCGAUGUCAGGGAGACAUGGAGAAGGCGGACAUGGUUGACGGCAUUAAAGAGAGCGUCUGCUGGACCCCCCCUUCCGACGUCAACCCCAACAAGUGCUGCGAGUACCAAGCCUUGUGCUCCCGCUUCAAGGACUUGCUCACUCUGCCAGACGGGUACUUCAGUGAAGAUGCCAAGUACAACCUGUGCUACUGCGAGUCCUGCCACAAGCUACGGGGGGACGAGGCUUAUUACAAGAGAGGAGAGCCGCCCCGGGACUACGCUCUGCCUUUCGGAUGGUGCUGCUUUGCCCUCAGGAUCAAGCCCCACUGCGAGGUUUCUAACGCACUAAAGAAGUGGCACAUCGCAUACCACGGCACCAGCGUGGGGACCUUGCGCCGCACACUGGACCACAGCCAGCUCCUCCCAGCUAGUACGUCAUCCAUCUUCUCGGUGGCUCCGGUGAAGGCGGAGGGUCCAGAUAGCUACGGCGAUCCGGAGGAGAACAGCGUCCCUGGUAGAGAGGUACCUCGUGUGAGACUCUCACCUACCAUGCGCUACUCUGGUUUGGAAAUAUUUGCUCCUAAAGUGCAAUUUAGGGACCCCCGCUCUCACCGCUGCCACCAGGCCCAGGUAGGCUUCCAGGUGUGCGUGCGGCCAGGCUCCUACAAAGUGGGGCCGCAGCAGGCGCCGGGCCACAGCGAGACCCUGGACCCUCGCUUUAGCAACUCGGAGAUGGAGUGGAUCACGAAAGAGCAGGGUGGCACUCUCCUCUACGGCCUGCUGGUGCGGGUCGAGUGA